AUGAAAAAACGUAAAAUCGAAGUUAAUUCGGAGAGUUAUUAUUUAUCAUCCAUGAUUGACUUUAUCAAAGUGGAAUUGGAGAAACAAAAUUUUGAAGCUGUGAUUGAUUAUUUGGAACAACACCUUGAUUGCUCCAAAUAUUCAAAUCAUGAUGAAAUUAUUAAAGAAAUAUUAUUUCCGAUUUAUUCAUACUUUGUGAGAAGGAUACUUUUACCGCAAAAGGAGCACAAACGAGCCUUGCAUUUUAUGAAACGAGCAUUAAGGUAUUGUCACUCUUUGGAUGAACUGUGGGAAUUCACAUGUCCAAUGCAGGAAUGUGAUGAUCAGAGUUUUUUGCAGGUGCAUAAUGAGCUUUUGGAACAUCUCAUCAAAACAACUUGUGACCUUAUUGUCAGGCAUAGUGGAGAACUUUUUGCCAAAUCCAAAAUUGAUUCAUCAUUAUCUCAACAACAACCUGCCGAUGGUUUACCUUCCUCCCAAUCAUCAUCUUCUUCUUCUGGUACCACUUUUACCGAUUGGGAAUAUGCUCUUUUCAAAACCGAGUGGUUGGAAAUCAAAGAUGAUCAAAAGCCAGCUUUUUAUCCCUCAUCAUGCCACCAUUUACUGGAUCCAAUAAGAGGAUACUCUGCCACAAUUCUCAUGCCUUCGAAUGAUCCAAAAAAAGCAUUGAGAAAGAUUUGA